GUUUUGAUGUUGCGCCAGCUAAACAACAUCUUUUCAGUGUGCGCGCAUUUCAAGUCUUCAGUUUCUCAGCGGCUUUGCUGGCGUUCAAGUCGUUGCCUUUCUGCCGUUUGCCGUUUACCGUUGACGUUUUAGCCGUUUUGCCGUUGCCGUUGCCGGUUGAGAACCCGAAGGCGAUCUACACGUUAACAACAUGAACGGACCCAAACACAAACUCUGCACAAAGCUAUCCAGCACGUAUCUGCGCAAAUGGUGGAUAACAAUUGCAAUUGGUGCCAUCUUGAUCAUUGGCGGUGUUCUGGUCGCUUGUCAAUUCACGGCAUUGAUCAAUGCAGUCAUUGAUCGCACGAUCGCAUUACGCGUGGGCACAAAGACAUUUGGAUGGUGGGCUAAGCCGCCGGUGGAGCCAAAAAUCAGUUUGUAUGUGUACAAUGUGACAAAUGCCGACGAUUUCCUGAGCAACGGCUCCAAGGCCAUUGUCGAUGAGGUGGGACCUUAUGUCUACAGCGAGACAUGGGAAAAGGUGAACAUUGUGGAGAAUGACAAUGGCACGCUGAGCUAUAAUCUGCGCAAGAUUUACAAGUUCCGCGAAGAUCUGUCCGUUGGCCCCGAAGACGAUGUUGUGAUUGUGCCCAACAUUCCCAUGCUGAGCGCCACAUCGCAAAGCAAACAUGCAGCCAGAUUUUUGCGUUUGGCCAUGGCCAGUAUUAUGGACAUUCUGAAGAUCAAGCCUUUCGUUCAGGUCUCUGUGGGUCAAUUGCUGUGGGGCUAUGAAGAUCCGCUGCUCAAGCUGGCCAAGGAUGUGGUACCCAAGGAACAGAAGUUGCCUUAUGAGGAAUUCGGUCUGCUCUACGGCAAGAAUGGCACCUCCUCGGAUCGCGUAACUGUCUUCACGGGUACCGAUGACAUUAAGCACUACGGCAUCAUUGAUCGCUUCAAUGGCAGAACUCAUUUGCCACACUGGACCUCGGAUGAGUGCAAUCGUCUGGAUGGUACUGAUGGCUCCAUCUUCCCACCGCACAUUGAGAAGAGCCGCAUUCUCGAGGUCUACGACAAGGAUCUGUGUCGCCUGCUGCCUUUGGUCUUCGACAAGGAAGUGAUGACGAACAAUGAGGUGCCCGCUUAUCGUUUCACGCCACCCGAGUGGGUCUUUGCCGAUGUCGACAGCCGCCCAGAGAACAUGUGCUACUGCCCAGCUGGCAAACCUUCGUGCUCACCCAACGGACUAUUCAACGUAUCGCUCUGUCAAUACGACUCGCCUAUUAUGCUAAGCUUCCCUCACUUCUAUCUGGCCGACGAUAGCUUAAGGACUCAAGUCGAGGGCAUCUCUCCCCCGAACAAAGAGGAUCAUCAGUUCUUCUUCGAUGUGCAGCCCAAAAUGGGCACCACAUUGCGUGUGAGCGCUCGCAUUCAGAUCAAUCUGGCCGUCAGUCAGGUGUUUGACAUCAAGCAAGUGGCCAACUUCCCGGACAUCAUAUUCCCCAUCCUGUGGUUCGAGGAGGGCAUCGAUGGACUGCCCAACGAGGUGACAGAUCUGAUGCGUUUCGCCGAAACGAUUCCACCCAAAAUACGGGUUGGUCUCAUCAUCGCCUUGAGCGCGCUGGGCGUGGCUUUGUUGGUGCUAUCCACGUUCUGUUUGAUUCGCAACUCGCACAGACAGAGCACACUGCAUUUGGAGGGAUCGAAUUAUCUGGCCACCGCUCAGGUGGAUAUGAAUAAGAAGCAGAACAAGGAUAAUGCCCCAGGAAAUCAACGAUAUCUUCGAUCUCGUCUCGAAAGUGAUCUGUGUGGAACUAAAACUUUAACCAUGGCCAACUAUUGCUUCUGGCUAAAGAUCGUCUCGUUGUCGCUGUUCUGUGCUCUCAAUCUUUAUUUAUUCAUUGUCUCCUGUGGUUGCAAUUAUCAAGAUGUGGUGGCCAGGGAGCACAUCAAGUUCAGGCAGGAAAUGCCCACCAUGGACAGUUGGAUCAAUUCGCCAUUUGGCAAACUCAAGAGCUAUCUCUUCAAUGUGACCAAUGCCGAGGAUUUUCUCAGUGGAAAAGAUAGUAAAGUGCGCCUGGAGCAGGUUGGUCCCAUCACCUACCACAUCCUCGGCUACAACGACAUCAUCAAUCGCACCAAGGACAGUGUGACGUACAACAAGCAUCGCUAUCGCCAUGUCAAGUUUAUGCCCGAGGAGAGCGUCUCACCGGAUAUUCUCAAUAAAACCAUUGUGCAGUUCAACAGCGUGCUGCUUGGAGCUGCCGCCCAGACUGCGCGUUCAUAUAUAUCCAUCGCCACCAUUGGAUUCGAUGCAGUCACAGUUAAUGAGCCCCUCUUCCUAUCGGACAGCAUCUAUUACUUCCUCUGGGAGUUCACGCGUCCCUCGCUGCAAGUGAUGAGCGCAUUUUUGCCUCUUUCCAGCAAUUGUGGUCCGCUGCAUAAUGCACUUAAGGAGAAGGAGGAAGUUUUCAAAGUUAACAUUGGCACGGAUCACGGCGUGGACAACUUCUUUCGCAUACAGACUCUCAACGAUGAGCAAUUAAUAAAGGAACAGAGUAAUCGGAUAUUCAUCGACGACAGUUGUCCCAUUAAUGUGGAGGGCGCCCAUGACAAUUCCCUUUUCCCGCCCAACAUCAAGAAGAACACCUCGCUGAACAUCGUGGCCAGUGAAUCGUGUCGCAUUCUCCCGCUGCACUAUCAACGCGAGGAGGAGCUGGACGGCAUCAAUGCCUAUCGUUAUGCGCUGCUGCUGCCGAAUGAGACGGCGCCGGAGUGUUUAUCAGUAACGAAUGGUGUGCGAUUGCCCAAGGGCAUGUUCGACGUGUCCAAGUGUGUGAUAAAUGAUGCGCCCGCUGCCUUCUCAAUGCCGCAUUUCUAUGGCAGCAGCUACGAUUGGACGGAGCAUUUCGAAGGUCUCAAUCCCAAUGCCGAGGAGCAUGAGGGGAACAUUUUGCUGGAGCCAACAACGGGCAUACCGAUCAAGGAGAAUUAUCGCUUCCAGUCGAACACAAUCAUGCCCAAUAUGCGGAGUUAUAGUCAACAAAGACUGAAGAAGCUCAGCUAUAUGAUUGUGCCCACAUUUUGGUACGAGUUUGAAUUGGAUAGACUGCCGGGAUUUGUGACCUUCCUCAUCCGUUUCGAUGUCAAGGUAUUGCCAGUGUUGCAGCCCAUUCUUAUGGCGCUGAUGCUGCUGGGCGCCGCCUGGAGUCUGUACGCCUUGAUACGAUUGCGUCGGCAGCUCUGUCACAAGAUCUGCACCACGGAUGUGCAGCUGGAGACGGUGUUGAAUCAACAUCCGCAAGCGCAUCCAACGUUGGAGCAUGUCAAGGAAUAAUUUGUUGUAUCUUGUAGAUACGUUUUCUUAACUGUAGCUGUGUUAGCUUCUUAGCGUUAAUGUUAUUUCUAGUUGUUGUUUAGGUUAAAGUGAUGACUCAUCAGCUUUUGUGCUAAUAUACGUAU